GAGAGAGAGAGAGAGAGAGAGAGGAGAGAGAGAGAGAGAGAGAGAGAGAGAGAGAGAGAGAGAGAGAGACCGGCCGGCGAUUAAACCCUCGCUGCAGGGCCGUGUGAUGAGUGGGGGCUUCACCAUGGCGGCUCUAGUGGUGCUGUUGUCAGUCCUCUGCUCUUUGCUGUUAUCAGCUGAUGCAAUCAAGCCCAGGUUCUUUGAGCCCAGAAUCUUUGACAAGGAGGCCACAGGGUUUGGGCCCAUAUUUGAAGAGGAGCCCCUGGACACAGUGUACGCUGAAGAUUCACCUGAAGCCAAAAUCUCCAUGAACUGCAGAGUGCGCGCCAAUCCACCAGCCAACAUCAAGUGGUGGCAUAAUAACUGGGAGAUAAAGCUGUUGGAGCAGCCAGAUGAGCACUACAGUUUAGUGGGAGGAAACCUGGUCAUCACUAACCCUGAUAAGAGCAAGCAUGCUGGGAAAUAUGUCUGUGUGGCCAAGAACAUUUAUGGCACCACCAUCAGCAAAGAGGCUACUGUCAAAUUUGGAUAUCUGGACCAGUUUCCUACUGAUGAAAGGGAGGCUGUGUAUGUUAAAGAAGGACAGGGGGCUGUUCUACUUUGUGCCCCGCCCUCUCGCUAUCCAGCUGAGGUGAUGUACCGAUGGAUCUAUAAUGAUUUCCCCAAUUUUAUCAUCCCUGACCAGAGGCGCUUUGUGUCUCAGACCACUGGAAACCUCUACAUUGCUAAAGUCGAGGCUUCCGAUAUCGGCAACUACUCCUGCUUUGUGUCCAGCCCCACCAUUGGCAAGAGUGUCUUCAGUACCCCCAUUCCUCUGGUGCCACAGGUAGAGAAGGAAGUAAAGCGAUAUCCUGCAGACAUCCGAGUCAGAUUUCCUAAGACGUAUGCGCUGGUGGCGCAGAAUGUUACACUUGAGUGCUUUGCCCUGGGAAAUCCGCUCCCACACAUCCGCUGGAGAAAGCUGGAUGCAGACCUGCCACCCAACUACGAGGUCAGCAUGAAUGGAGCACUGCUGCACCUUAUCAAUGUGCAGUAUGAAGACGAGGGCAGCUAUGAGUGUGAGGCCCUUAACGUCAGAGGCAUGGACUGGUACCGCCAGUGGCUUUAUGUGGAGGGUGCUCCAGAGUGGGCGGAGCACAUUAACGACACUGAGAAAGAUGUCGGCAGUGAGCUUACACUAUCAUGCACUGCUGUGGGAAAGCCGUUACCAUGGAUACGGUGGUUGAAGGAUGGUUACUCAUACGGAAAAGGAGAGCUAAAGUUCUCCAGUCUCACAUUUGAAGAUUCUGGCAUGUAUCAGUGCAUUGCUGAGAACACCUGGGGAACCAUUUACGCCAGUGCAGAACUACGAGUGGUCUCUUGUGCACCUACGUUUAUAUACAAUCCGGUGAAGAAAAUUCUACUGGGGGCUGAAAAUGGUCGUGUGGUCAUUGAGUGUAAACCGAGAGCAGCUCCUAAACCCAGGUUUAUUUGGAAACGUGGCUCUGAACUGCUGUCUAAUUCAUCUCGUAUGCUUAUCUGGGAUGACGGAAGUCUCGAGAUCUUAAAUGUGACAAAGAGCGAUGAGGGCGCAUACACAUGUUAUGCUGAGAACGACCGCGGCAAGUCUAACAGCACAGGAACCCUCAGCAUCACUGAGGCUACUAAGAUCACAGAAGCCCCUUCAGAUGUGGAGGUCACAGUGGGCGAGUCGACCGUGCUUCAGUGCUCGGCUUCAUACGACCCCAGUCUAGACAUCACUUUCAUCUGGAUAGUGAAUUCUUACAUCAUCAACUUCGACAUUGACUUUGAGCACUAUGAACUGAUGUUGGGUGAAGAGAACAGUGGAAACCUGCUGAUUAAAAACAUUCAGGUCGCCCAUGCGGGGGAGUACUCUUGCACAGCACAGACCAUCGUUGACAAUGUCACUGCAUCUGCAAACAUUUUUGUCAUAGGUAGGCCAGGUCCUCCAGGUGGUGUGCGUGUGGAGGAAAUCAAAGACACGUCAGUAAAACUGGUGUGGAGUCUGGGAUCGGAUCAUGGCAGCCCUCUAAUUCAGCAUGUGGUACAAACAAGAGACUUCUACGCUCUGGACCCAGAGGAUUGGAAGACUGCAGUCACCUCUCCUGUUUUCUUGGAUGGGAAAGCCGAGGCUGCAGAAAUCCUUGAUCUGUAUCCGUGGAUGGAGUAUGAAUUUCGUGUGUAUGCUAUCAACGAGCUGGGGCCAGGGCAUAGCAGCCUGCCCUCCAUUAAAAUCAAAACCUGGGAUGCCAUUCCUAACAUGGCUCCCACUGAUGUAGAUGGCUAUAUGAGCUUAAAUGGGGAGCUCAUCGUCACCUGGACUCCAGUGAAGCCCCAAUACUUCUUCGGUAAAAAGUUUGGCUAUGUAGUAUUCUUCAAACCCCACGAGGACAAAGAGUGGAAGUGGUCGACUGUUGCAGACCCCGAGUCCAGACGUUACGUAUACAAGGAUAACAUCAUCCCCAACACUGAAAUCCAGGUCAAAGUGAAGAGCUACAAUAUCAAAGGAGAGGGACCGUACAGCCUGACCAAAGUGGUGUUCUCAUCUGAGAGCGCACCCACUGAGGCACCUCUGGAUGUGUAUGCCCGUCAGGUCACCUCUACAGAAGCUCUGGUAUGGUGGGUACCUGUCUAUCAAGUUCCUCCACACUGGGUGGAUGGCUAUCAGGUUCGAUACUGGAGAAAAUACGACGACAACGAGGCUGCAGCGUCCCGCGUUCUGGUGCAUGGUUCUGUCAACCAAACUCGUCUGGAGAACAUGCGGACAGACUCGCAUUAUUUAAUAGAGGUGCGGGCCUACAAUGGAGCUGGACUCGGUCCACCCAGUGAGCACUGCGAGAUGUUCACCAGAAGACCACCUCCAAGUCGCCGUCUCAGAGUGUACAAGUACGUCAGCUUUACACGCAAAUGGCUGUACAUCUACUGGGACCAUAUCUACAACUACUGGAAUGAGUCUUAUGUAGAGGGUUACAAGAUCUUGUUUAGGAAGGAAGGAGAGCGUUAUGGGAAACUGUACACCACCGGCAGGCACUACAUCGACUUCCCUAUGCCUGAGACAGGUGAUUAUCUGGUGGAGAUCCGGGCUCGCUGUGAGGGAGGAGACGGCCCUAUAUCUCAGAUACGAGUGCAAGGUCGAGCUGCAUUGGGCCCUCAGUCUCUCUGUGCUGUCUCUCUGCUGCUGCUGGUGUUGUCCUGGAUGAACCUUGGCCUGUAGUGAGGCCAUUCUUUACCCACCUGGGUCAAAUGGACUGUAUAAUCUAAAACCACUACCCCACUGUUCUGCAAAUGGAGGUGCGAUUUGUUUGGUUCGCCUUAUGAAAUUUCAUCCACCAUUCACCUCAAUUUCUUUACAGGCACACUCGUUUCAUUAGAGUAAGAGAUAAAGCCAUAUGAUUCAUGUUCAUAUAUAAGAACAUUAACUCGUGUCUUUGUAUUUUGUUGUGAAUUUUUUUUUUUGACCUAUUUUCAUGUAUUUAUUUAUUUUUUUAUUCUGUUGUUGGCUUGAGAUGAUGAUAUAUUCUUCAACAUGGAAAUUUAAAGAACUUUAUGGAAAUGUAAAGAACUUUACCCUGUCGUCAAUGCUUUAGCUGCUUAAACAGCCAUUUAAGUUGUAGUUUUCUGUUUUUUUUAUAAGAAUGUGUAAAUGCAAGGUAAUUGCAGGGAGUAAAGGUUUUCCUCUAUUAGGUAAUUGGCUCUAGUUCAGAUACCUUGACAUUGUGUGAACACAGAUGCUAUAUUUUUGGCUGCACAUGCUGCUAGGUAGACUACACAUUAGAGACUAUGCUACUCACCACAUCACACUUUUGUCCAUGCAGUUCUAGUUUUGAAAGUGCAAUUUUCUUCAUGUCACACUUAAAUAAGAUGAUGUAUUAAAAUCCAUGCAGCACAACCUGUAUAAAGCUCCUCAUUAAAGUUUGUAUUCAGAAUGAAAGAAAUUG